AUGGCAGGUUCCUUAUGCCCAUUCCUUCCGAACACUUCCACCUUCUCUGAUUUCUGCAAACUAUACUCUUCCUCUCACCAUUUAUGUUUCCACCCACCAAAACCAAACCCGCAAUUUAAGCCUCGUUGGGGCCCGGCAGCGCGUCCCCUGGGUAGCCGAAAGAAGCGAAGUUCAAGGAAGCUUGAUGCGUCAAGCGAAGUAGUGAAUGAUUAUGGGAGUGUAGACCCAGAGGGGUACCAAUCGGUGGAAGAUAAGCAAUUCGUGCGUUCCUUUCGCGAGGCCUGGCCUUACUUGUGGGCCUAUCGUGGCAGCACCUUUGUUGUCAUUAUUUCUGGUGAAAUUGUUUCUAGUCCUUUCUUGGAUCCUAUUCUCAAGGAUAUAGCUUUCCUUCAUCACCUAGGAAUCCGGUUUGUUCUUGUUCCGGGGACACAUGUGCAGAUAGACAAGCUUUUGAAUGAGAGAGGGUGCCAGCCUAAGUAUGUUGGUAGAUAUAGGAUAACUGAUGAAGAAUCUCUAGAAGCUGCGAUGGAAGCAGCUGGGGGGAUAAGAUUGAUGAUAGAAGCAAAGCUUUCUCCAGGACCUUCCAUAUGCAAUAUUCGUCGACAUGGUGACAAUAGUCGAUGGCACGAAGUUGGUGUCAGUGUUGCCAGUGGUAACUUUCUUGCAGCCAAGAGAAGAGGGGUGAUCAAUGGAAUUGAUUUUGGGUCAACUGGGGAAGUGAAAAAAGUAGACGUAGCUCGCAUGCGUGAGAGACUUGAUGGUGGUUGUGUAGUUAUUUUAACCAACUUGGGCUACUCCAGCUCUGGAGAAGUAUUAAAUUGCAACACCUAUGAAGUCGCAACAGCUUGUGCCUUGGCUAUAGGUGCAGACAAGUUAAUAUGCCUUAUAGAUGGUCCAAUACUUGAUGAGAACGGACGCCUUAUUCGUUUCUUGCCUCUUCAAGAAGCAGACAUGCUAAUUCGUAAACGGGCUGAGCAAAGUGAAGCAGCAGCUAACUAUGUCAAAGUUGUUGAUGAAGAAGGUUUCAACUCUCUUGAAUAUAACAAUUUUAAUGGAAUAGUCAAAUCACCACCUAUUGGACGUUUUACAGAAUGGCAUAGUGCAACCUUCCAUAAUGGUGUUGGUUUUGAAAGUGGAAAUGGGUUAGAGUCCAGUGAGCAAGGUUUCGCUAUUGGAGGUCAAGAGCGGUUAAGUCGAAUGCAUGGUUACCUGUCAGAGUUGGCUGCUGCCGCUUUCGUUUGUAGAGGCGGUGUUCAAAGAGUUCACUUGCUGGAUGGAACUAUUAGUGGAGUUUUGUUGUUGGAAUUGUUUAAAAGAGACGGCAUGGGGACAAUGGUGGCUAGUGACCUUUACGAAGGCACUCGGACAGCAGAGGUGAAAGAUAUUUCUGGAAUAAAACAACUUAUUCAGCCUUUAGAGGCAUAUGGUAUAUUGGUUAAACGGACCGAUGAAGAGCUCUUGCAAACAUUGGAUUCGUUCGUUGUUGUGGAAAGAGAAGGUCACAUAAUUGCUUGUGCUGCCCUUUUUCCUCACUUUGAGGAGAGGUGUGGAGAGGUUGCUUGCAUUGCAGUAUCUCCUGAUUGUCGUGGCCAAGGACAGGGUGACAAAUUGCUUGAUUAUUUGGAGAAGAAAGCAGCAUAUCUUGGAUUGGAUAUACUUUUCUUGCUAACAACACGUACAGCAGAUUGGUUUGUGAGGCGUGGAUUUUCAGAAUGUUCAAUUGAUUAUAUUCCUGAAAAGAAAAGGAGAAGGAUCAAUCUUUCCCGCAAUUCUAAGUAUUAUAUGAAGAAGCUUUUACCAAAUAAAAGUGGAAUUACUGUAGGUGCAAAAUCUGAUUUAAGUUAA